AUGAUCAAAAAUCUGAAAAACUGGGCUUCCACAAAAGCUGGCGAAAAAAUUUCAGAAAAUGAAGUCAUCGGCGGCCAGCCAACGAAGGAAAAUCCGAAAGGAACAACCAUCAAGAAUCCGCUCAGUGAAGAUGUUGUAACCGAGCAACCAAAAUCAAACAUGGGAGAGAAACUCAACACCGUUGAAGAAACCAUUUUCUUUCUCCUGUUUACUUUGAAAGAAGUAGUUAUUUUAUUUACGGCGUGGUUAAUUACCGAUUAUUUUAUAAAAAUGUCCGAGGUAAAAAAUGUUGAAGUUGAUCCACAGGUAGAUGUAAUUGAUAAAGAAUUUUUGAUUAAAUCGAUGCUGUCCAAAAGCAAAGACGUUUCUUUAAAAGCUCAAGUUUCCUAUUUUCUGUUCAGCAUCCCAGUUUCGAGUGUUUCGUCAGAAAGGGUAGGAUCAUCUCUCAAUUAUACACUGCAAUAG